AGCUGUCAAAAACAUUGCGGCAAACGUCAACAGCAAAAAGGGUGACAAAAACGGAAUUACAUAAAAAGGCACCAAUCUUUCGGGACAGGAUUGCUUUACUUUCCGCGGCCCGGGCCUAGAAAUAGGAUUUGGACCAUUACGAACCCUAAACGCCCGUAAACGAUGGCCUCCAUCCUGCGCUCCUUCGCCUCGGCAUUCGCCAAGAGCGGCAUGCUCGGCGCAAACGGUAUUUCCCGUGCUGCUCCAACAGUAAUGCUCCGCUACAAGUCCACCGAACCGGCGGCAGAAUCGCGACCGACCGUCCGCAAGCCGGAUGCCGCCGCCCGGUCGGAGCUGUCCGAGUUUGGCAAGUACGUCGCGGAGUGCAUGCCCAAGUACGUGCAGAAGGUGCAGCUGACGUCCGGCGACGAGCUGGAGGUGCUGAUCGCGCCGGAAGGCGUCGUGCCGGUGCUGCAGUUCCUGAAGGACCACCACAACGCACAGUUCGCCAACCUGGUCGACAUUGCCGGCAUGGAUGUGCCGUCCCGGCCGUACCGCUUCGAGAUCAUCUACAACAUACUGUCGCUGCGGUACAACUCGCGCAUCCGCGUCAAGACGUACACCGACGAGCUGACGCCGAUCGACUCGUGCAACGAGGUGUUCAAGGCGGCCAACUGGUACGAGCGCGAGAUCUGGGACAUGUACGGCGUGUUCUUCGCGAACCAUCCCGACCUGCGCCGCAUCCUGACCGACUACGGGUUCGAGGGGCAUCCGCAGCGCCGCGACUUCCCGCUGAGCGGGUACGUCGAGCUGCGGUACGACGACGAGAAGAAGCGGGUCGUGUGCGAACCGCUCGAGCUCGCCCAGGAGUUCCGCAAGUUUGAUCUGUCCGCGCCGUGGGAACAGUUCCCGAACUUCCGCAACGCCAAUCCGGCCACGGAGGAGGUUGCCACCAAGCCGGCGGAAAAGUAAGAGGCGGAAGAGCGAAGGAGGGAGAGAGUGAGUGCAAAAUCGAACGCAUGGCAGUUGCGGUGUUGGCGAGCGUUGAAUCGUUUUCGUUCUUAGGCUGAAAUAUAACCGGAUACACUACUGUA